AUGGAGACGACGACGACUCUGGCUGCACCGACGACGUCUGAGCCUCCCACCCCUGACCCCUUAGAAACUAAACCUUCGGCAAACCAGGACGCCCCCCAAAGUCUUGAUAUUGUGUCUGGAUCGGUCGACCAAUCUGUCGCGGCAAAGAAGGAAACUCUCAGGAUGGAACGAGUAGUCAAGAAGGAGUUGAAAUACCUGAGUGACGAUCCUUGGAAAGUUACGGAAUACGUCAAGGGGGCACUAGAAAAAGGAAAAUUCGAAGAGGCCUACCUUCUCGUGCAAAAAGGCAGCAAGGAGAUGCAGUUGGUGGUGCCAUGGAAUUACUUGUUGAACCACCUGCUCAAUAACCAGCAAUCGACCAGAGCGAUCAAGAUGUUCAAUGAAAUGAAAAAGCGUGCGCAAUUUCCCAACGCCGCGACAUAUACGAUCUUGUUCCGUGGUCUCACCAAGUCGGAACACCCUAAACUUGCAGUCGCCGAGGCAGUGAAGCACUACCAUACCCUUCUGAAGGACCCCCGUAUUGAGGCAAACAUCACACACCUAAAUGCAGUGCUCAAUGUGUGCAACCGAGCAAACGAUCUAGAUUCCAUGUUUGCUCUUCUCGACACUGUCAAUGAAUCGACGCGCGCUCCUACUUGCUACACUUAUACGACCAUUCUAGACGCUUUGCGACAUAACACCCUUGGCGACAUUAAGGACUUAACGCAGGAGCAGAAGGAGUUCAAUUUUAAUAGCACUAUCAAGCGGGGAAGAGCCAUCUGGGAAGAGGUCAUUAGCAAAUGGCGGAAAGGUCGGUUGGUUAUUGACGAGGACCUUGUCUGCUGCAUGGGUCGCAUGUUGCUCUUGUCCCCAAACCGAGAGGAAAAGAAGGAAAUUCUCGAUCUUGUUGAACAGACAAUGAACAUACCAAAUUUGGCCAAGGUCCAGGAAGCCUCAGCCGAGGAGGCUCGCAAGAAGAACCCUCGCACAGGUGAAGUGGCCAAAAAGGACGGGUAUGGCCUCUUUGUCACUCCUGCCAACAACACCCUAUCUUUACUGCUGAACGUUGUAUUCCAGACGAGAAUGAGCAGCCUUGGCAUCAAGUACUGGAACUUUCUUGUCCGCGAAUACGGCCUCGAACCUGAUAUGGGCUGCUGGUUGCGCCUCUUUGGUUUACUCAAGCUAGCUAAAGCAAGUGCUCAUGCCACUGAGAUUCUCAGUAUCGUUCCGACAGAUGUCAUCAAUCCACGCAUCUACCACAUGGCCAUGGAGACCUGCGACCGUGACAACAUCAACCAUAACGUUCUCAAGCAUGCUGAUCGCGCCCUCGACAGCAUGGUGGAGCGUCUUGAAGUCCCUGACGCUCUUACCAUGCGGCUCUACCUUAACGUCGCCCAGAACCAUCACUAUCACCUUCGCGCCCGUGCGAACGAAGGCAAUGUGGCUGGUGCCAAGCGCGACUACGGUAUUCAGAUCACCAAUGCGCUUGAUCGUUUGUGGGUUCCCUACCGCAGACUGCAUGAUCACCUCUUCAAAGAUGUCAAGGCCAAGACAGCGGAAGGGAAACCGAAGUUUUAUAACGAGCAACGCGAGGCCAUCGCGCUCGCGCGUAUCAUGUAUGGGUCCUUCAACAAGGUUCUCCAGCAGGAGAUGCUCCCGGAGGAAGAUCUUGAGAGGAUCCGCCCAAUUGGUGGUCGUAUCAACCGCGAGAUCCAGGCCUUCUUCGCCAACCGCGAGGAUACGGAGCCCAACCUUCGCAAGACUCUAGGCCGUGGUAGGGCUGAUGAGGAUAUGAUGGAAUACAACGAGGGGAUGGGAUCCUUCUGGGAUACUACUCAGGCAGGAAAGCCGUCGAGAUACAACGAAGGCUAUGGAUCGCGGACCGAUGGUCGGACCCGAGUUCGUGACGACGACCGCAGAAGUGACAACAGGCCCUGGCGCAACGAUAGCCGACGCAACAAUUAUGGCCGCGAUAACGAGGACAGAACCGAUAGGCGUCGCGCUGAGUCUAAUGAGUCUGGCAUUCCCAGAUAUCGAGCUGACAGGCGCGCCAGUGUACCCUGGGAAGCUAUCAAACCCGAACGGACCCCCAGGCGUGAAAACAGGAAUUACGAUAGGGGGCAUUCCUGA